AUGCGCCUCUUCCACUCCGUCCUCGCCGUCGCCGGCCUGCUCUCCGCCUUCGUCGAUGCUCAGUUCCCGUCCAACUCGGUGAACCUCACCACAAUCACCUCGCCCGUAGACGGCAAUGUCACCAUCCGCUACAAGACCCCUCAGGGCGUCUGCAAGACCGCCUACGAUUCUCAGCAGCAGUAUACAGGAUGGAUCAACGUACCCGGGCCCUACCCAGCAAACAUGUUCUUCUGGUUCAUUGGCGCCCGCGAACCCACAGAGGCCAUGACCAUCUGGCUCAACGGCGGCCCGGGUGUCAGCUCGCUCUUUGGCUUGUUCACCGAAGUCGGCCCUUGCGAGGUCAUUGAAAAGGGCCUGGAUCAGUAUGACACCGUUGCCCGGGAAUGGGGAUGGGACCGCGCCUCCAACAUGCUGUUCAUCGACCAGCCGAACCAAGUUGGCUUCUCGUACGAUAUCGCUACCAAUGGCUCCAUGGAUCUGUUCAAAGCGAAUCAGUCGAGUCCGCCUGAGGCAGUGCCCGAUGGCCAGUCGCCCGCAAUGUUUCUCAACGGCACCUUCAGUUCGCUGAACUCCAACAACACAGCAAACACCACCGAGACGGCUGCGUUCGCGGUAUGGCACAUGCUCCAGGGCUUCUUGGGCGCGUUCCCGCAGUAUAAUCCUCCAAACAACAGCUCUCUAGGCAUCAACCUUUUCGCCGAGAGUUAUGGCGGAAAGUACGGGCCUGUCUUCUCUGAUGUGUGGGAGCAGCAAAACGAGAGACGGCAGAACGGGACCUUGUCUGCCAACAACACGCUCGAAAUCCACCUCACUUCCCUAGGCAUUGUCAACGGCUGCAUCGACGAUCAGGUCCAGGCGGAAUUCUACCCGGCCAUGGCCACCAACAACACAUACGGGUUCAAGGCGAUGAAUGAUGUCCGCGCCAGCCUGGCGAACGGCAGCUUGUACACCCCAGGCGGCUGCCUAGACUUAAUUCGACAAUGUCGCACAGCCGAGCACGUAUACGAUGCCAAUAAUAUCGGUAGAGUGGACACGGUGAACACUCUGUGUUCCAGCGCAUAUCAGACCUGCAACGAGAAUGUGGUUACUCCGUACUCCGAGUCUGGCCGUAGCUAUUACGACAUUGCGCGCAAGAACCCGGACUCAUUUCCGCCCAGCACGUAUCUCGAGUAUGUCAACACUGCAGGCUUCCAACAGUCCAUCGGCUCCGUCGUCAACUUCACCAUGACGAGCCAGGCAGUACUGUCUGCCUUCUCGGGCACGGGUGACUACAUGCGAGGACCCCUGAUUCCGAAAUUGGCUGGUCUUUUGCAGCGCGGCAUUCGCGUUGCUCUGAUCUACGGUGAUCGUGAUUACAUUUGCAACUGGCUGGGCGGGGAGGCUGCAUCGACGACCCUCGCUUGGCAAGCUGGCGCCGUAUACGGCCGCAACUUCAGCGCCGCCGGCUACGCGCCUAUCAUCGUUAAUGACUCGUACAUUGGCGGUGCCGUGAGGCAGUUUGGGAACCUAUCCUUCAGUCGCAUCUACCAGGCCGGCCACUCGGUUCCCGCCUAUCAGCCAGAAACGGCAUUCCAGGUCUUUGCGCGCGUCAUCAUGGGCACGUCCAUCUCGACGGGCGAUAAGGUGAACCUGGCGAGCUACAACACCUCUGGCGAUGCUCACGCGACGCACACGGACAAGUUGCCAGACUCGCCUGCGCCGACAUGCUGGCUGCGCUACAUGCAAGCGUCAUGCAGCGACGAGCAGAUCAGCAUGCUUCAGCGCGGCGAGGGGACCGUCAUCAACGGAGUACUGUACAGCGCCUCGAGCGACUGGCCACUGGCCACUGAGCCCCCGACUUCUACCCACCCGGCCGCCUCCACUUCCUCGGCCGUACUGACGGGGUUGUUCACGGCGACGUCGACGCCAACGAACGGCGGUGUGGCGGCACACGCUCCGAGGACGCGUCUUGUAGCCUUGGUAACACUCAUGAUCGCGCAUUCUUGCUUGGCGUAA